AUGGUCAACAACGAUGAUGAUGAUGACGCUAAUUUAGAAGCUGAAAUGGCUGCGAUCGCUGGCAUAUCACCAUCAAAAGAUAAAAAAAAAUCAAAGUCAAAAGAAGAUGAACUAAAUGAUUUCAUUGAUGAAGAUGACGAUAUGGCUCACACGGAGACAGCAGUCAAGGCCAGUGAUGAAGCAAAGUCUCUUACUACAGAUGAUACCUUAGCAGCUUUGCAAGAUAGGAAAGCAAUGUACGAAGCUGCACUAACAUUUGCUACACAGUCCAAUGAUAGUUCACGUAUGAGAAGGAUUACUCGUGGCUUAAAGGAUUUGGAUUCCAUGAUUAAAAGUGCUUCUUCCGGUAAACUCAUAAAUUUGGAUGAGAUGCCAGGGCCUGUAAGUGUUGGUGUUUCGCCAGCUCGACCCAGAAGUGAUGAUAAGCCUUCAGAAACCGUAAAAGCUGAAGCCGAUAACAAAAUUCAAAUAUUAACUGAAAGACUCUCUCAGUAUAAGAAGGCAGCGCUUGCUGCCAAGAAGGAUAAUAACAUAGAAUUGGCCAAGCAAUUUCUAAUAAUUUCCAAGAAAAUUGAGUCAAUGCUAGAAUCGGUAAAAGCUGGAAACGACAUAGAUAUUUCGGCUUUAGACCCGCCUACUUACCAUGCAAAACCUCCUUCGGCAGCACCACCAGAAGUAUCACCUUCAUCGGACCUACCUGCAAGCGAUGAAACUCUUGAUGACUCUGCAGCCCCAGUGAGUACGUUGGAUGCUCUGACAAUGCGGAUACAACGGUUUUCAACUAUUAUUGAAGCAGCUAAAGAAGCAGGAAAUGGCUCAAAAGUCCGUCGUCAUACAAGACUUCUAAAGGAAGUACAAAAUGCCAUGAAAUGUUUUAAACAAGGCUUAUCGUAUGACUGGGAAGCCGUUCCGACACUGCCAGGACUUCCCCCAGUACCGCCACCCGAUUCUGGAGAGUCAAACAAAUCUAGUGUUACUGCAAGUCCUAAGAAAUCUGGUGGUAAUCCUGCAGCUCCUGUAGAUACUAUGGAUGCAUUACUCAUGAGACUUGAAAAAUUUGAAAAGGCAGUCGAAACAGCCCAAGAAAAUGGUAAUGAAGCAAAAGCAAGACGCUCUGGAAGGAUUGUUACACAAAUUCAACAAGCAAUUGCACAUCUUAAAGCCGGCAAACCGUAUGAUUGGGAAUCUAUACCGGAAUUACCAGGUUUUGCUCCCAUUCCGUUGCCCAAUACAAGCCAGCAACCUGUUAAGGCAUCUAUUGAAGCUAGCGCUUCUAAAGUCACUCCCAAAUCGUCCCCCACUAAGAUGCCGACCCGAAAUCAGCAACAGCUGAAAUUUCUCUUAGAUAGACAACAUCAAUUCAAAGCUGCUGCUCUAGCAGCAAAGAAGAAAGGAAAUAUUGAUACUGCCAAGGAUUAUCUGAGAAAAGCCAAGGGCUUUGAUCAGAUGAUUGAAGCAGCUGAAAGUGGAUUACCUUGUGACUUGAGCAAUUUACCUCCACCACCUAAUCUUGAAUCAGACUCAAAUCAAACAGCGGAUAAGAAUCAAACUGUCGAUGGGCCUAUUUCUGCUAGUGAUGGGGAUGCAAACGCCCUAUAUGAACGACUAGAUGCUGCGAUAAUCAAACAGAUGGAGGUUUGCUUGCAAAAUACUCAAUAUUAUGCCAAACUGGGGGACUUGGAGAAUUCAAAACGAUACGAAAAACUAGGAGCCGAGUGCCGUAUUAGUUUAGACUAUCUUCGAAAUUCAAAGUCUCAUAAAGAUCCAGUUCCACGUUUUCAUUAUGAAAUUAAAAAAUUCACCGUCAUCAAGUCCUUUUCGGAAAUUAGUAGUUCGGAAGCCUAUAUUAAAGUAUCUCGGUGUAUUAAUCUACCUCUGCCGUCAGGAUACACCGCGAACGAUUUCCAUUGUUACGUUGCUUAUGAAUUUCCGUUCCCUUCGGAUGCCCCUCAAAGUGGACGAACAAGUACUGUCAAGCACACAGUUAACCCAGAAUUCAGUGACGAAAUUAAAGUCAAGAUUGAUAGAAAGCAACGAUCGCUAGCUAGAAUCUUUAAGCGCCAAUCAUUAAAGCUAGAAUUGCUUUACGAAAGAGGUUUUCUUCAACGCGAUAAACUAUUAGCUCAAGCAAAUAUUAAAUUAGCUGGUUUGGAAAGUAAAUGCGAAGUUCAUCAAUGUGUUGAUUUAAUGGACGGUCGACGGCCUUGUGGUGGUAAAAUAGAAGUCAGCAUUCGUAUCCGCGAGCCAGUUUCCGAAAAAGAAAUCUCAGAAAUUCAGGAAAGAUGGCUCGUAUUGGAUACAAGCUCUGGAGUACCUCAUAUUGAGAAUUUAGCUGGCGCUGCAUUGGCACCUUCAAUCCGCAAUAAAACUGCCAAAGCGUCUAAUACCACUUCAGCUAAAAGCAGCUCAACAACUCCAAACUAUAGUAGUUUAGCUGUGUUAAAAUCUGAAUGCCAGCGAAUCGAAAAGCAGAUGAUAAGCAUUAAGUCGAAAGGUACAUCUCCUCCAAAGAACUUAUCGACAGCAUUGAAGCAUUAUAAGGAUCUAGCAGGUGAUCUAGAAAAGAAAUUGAAGUCAGGAGGCGUGUCAGCCUGGAAAGAUUAUACCCAGAAUCUGGAAAAGAAAAUUCAGGAAGAACAUGCACUAGCUGUCCAAUUAAAUACUCAAGGAAAUAAGGCCGGAGCAGUUCAAGCCUUGCAGCGUAAAAAGUUAAUGCAAAGCGAGAUUGUAUCAGCUAGACCAAUGAAAGCAACGCCCUGUUAG